AUGCCAGUCCUUAUUUUUGUCGCGCCACUGGAGACUCCAAGUAGCGUAUUAGCUAGCACGACCACUUCGUCUGAUUUAUCGGCUACAACGUCAAUAAACUGGCAGACCAUCGCACUAUCUCCGGCAUCCGGUCCUCAAUCUACACCAACUCAUUCUGUCACCUCAACAUCAAGCUCUGGUCCGACGUCAACUGCAUCUCAGGCAACAAUCACAUUAUCUUCGGAUAAUAAAGUCACUUCUUCGGAUACCGGUAGUCAUAUUGGUGCGAUAAUAGGGGGUUUGGUUGGAGGAAUUGCCUUAAUCGCAUGUAUAAGCUUUGGAAUAUGGCUACUCCGCAGACACGGAAAAAAACACAAUCAAUUGCCAACAACGAAGCCAAGCUCUCCAUCCGAUAAUGUGAAAGAUCCCAUUUAUCAUGUGCAUGAGCUGAUGGAAAAGAGCGGAAAUACGCCUGAGCUUGGUGGAGAUAUGAUAAUGGCGGAGGCGGAUAGUCCCGGAAUAGAUAGACCUCCUGCUGAAUUGGAGGCAUGA